GACAGCAAUGACUAAAUUGAAUUAUCUUUUUUAUACGAGUGGGUAUUGUUCUUUGUUUGUACAGUGCACAUAGUACCUUAGUGAACACAACAGAUUAUUAACUUUUUUUGAAUGAACGAGUGAGGGUUAAAAAAAACUUGAAACCGGAGGAUAUUAGCUCACAUUCCCUAACAUUGACCGAGAUUUAUUUAAGAUGAAGUGGAACACAUUGGGGCUUUGUAUUGCGUUUUAUAUCAUUGCUCCAUGUUUUUGCCAGAUAUUUAAAAAAAGCGCAAAACCCCUAUCUCCAGUUAUCUUUGUUCCAGGUGAUGGUGGCAACCAAAUGGAUGCACGGUUAAACAAACCAGACGUAGUUCAUUACAUCUGUGACCAGAAGACCGAUUAUUGGUUUAACAUUUGGCUAAAUCUCGAACUACUUGCUCCAUACGAAAUUUACUGCUGGAUUGAUAACAUUCUACUGAUCUACGACAAUGACACAAGGACGACACAAAAUUCACCUGGAGUUGAAACAAGAAUUCCCGGUUGGGGGGAUCCAGAAGUUGUUGAAUGGAUUGAUCCGAGUCAUGCUGGAUCCGGAGCCUAUUUUAAAGAUGUUGCGAAUGCAUUAGUCGCACAUGGCUAUGUGAGAAAUGUUUCAAUUCGGGGAGCUCCGUAUGAUUUUAGGAAGGCACCAAAUGAAAACAAGCAAUGGUUCGUAGAUUUAAAAGUCCUUGUCGAGCAAACUUACGAAACUAAUGGUAAAGUCCCUAUAACGUUCAUCGUUCAUAGUAUGGGCGCACCAAUGACCUUAGUAUUCCUUCAGAAACAAAACAGAACCUGGAAAAAUAGGUACAUAGCUCGGAUCAUUUCAUUGGCCGGUGCGUGGGCAGGCAGUGUAAAAGCAGUUAAAGUUUUUGCAAUAGGUGAUGACCUUGGCUCACAUAUGUUAAGAGCGAGUGUUAUGAGAGUGGAACAGAUAACAAGUCCAUCAUUGGCGUGGCUAUUACCGUCACCUCAUUUCUGGAAACCAGACGAAGUUUUAGUUCAAACGAAAAGUAGAGUUUACACAAUAGCGCAACUGGAAGAUUUCUUCAUAGAUCUCGCUUAUCCCAAUGGCUACGAAAUGAGGAAAGAUACAAUGAAAUAUACCGAUUUCACUGCACCUGGUGUUGAAGUACAUUGUUUGUUUGGUUCAGGAAUUCCUACUGUUGAGAAGCUGAAUUACACCAAAUCUGGCGACUUGAGCUCAAAACCAACUUUAAUAAAUGGUGAUGGUGAUGGGACAGUAAAUCUCAGAUCUUUGCAAGCAUGUGCUCGCUGGAUUGGCGCGAAGGAACAAUUAAGCAAAAACAUAUCCACGCUAUCACUGCCAGGGGUUGACCAUUUGGGUAUUUUGGGGGAACAAAGUGUAGUUCAAUACAUCUUAGGAGUACUGACUACGUGAUGGAUAUUUGAAUCUUUAGUAGUUACAGUGUAAAACAGGAACUUUAAAUCUUUUGAAAAUAAUGAAAUCAGACGAAAAACUGGGCGUGGCUUUGUUUUUUAAAAACUCAAAAUUUUCUGUCAGCUUCACCACAACCGUCUUUAAGUUAAACUUGCAAGGA